AUGUCAGGACGAGACCUGGAGAAGUACUUGUGCGAGGCCUGCCUGCUUGCCGAGCGAAGUACCUUCAAUAGGACCUCGGACGAUGAACAACGAUUGACGACACCCUCAUACGGGCAGGGUGAAGCCGACAAGCGACUAGAGUUGUUCUCCUGGGCCAGCUUGACCGAUGCAGCCGUCCGGCGCAAUGGUAUCGAUGACCAGCUCUUCCUGCUGUCGCUCGACGGCGGUGGGGUGCGGGGCUUGUCCAGCCUGAUGAUCCUGAAGCAGUUGAUGGAGGCCAUCGACCCGCAACGGCCGCCCCGGCCCUGCGACUACUUCAACAUGAUCGGCGGCACCUCGACGGGCGGGCUCAUCGCCAUCAUGCUGGGGAGGAUGCGUCUGACGGUCGACGAGUGCAUCCUCGCAUACAACGAGCUGGCGCCCAAGGUCUUCACCAAGGUCCACCACCGGAUCAGCCUCCGGACCGGCGAGACGCAAGGGCGCUUCGACCACAUCGCUCUAGAGAGGGAGGUCAAGGCGUUGCUGAGAACACAUCGUAUGGACCCGGACGCCCUGCUGCGAGAAGCCGAGGAGGACAGCCGCUGCAAAGUUUUCGUGUGCGCGACAAGCCAGGAGAUCGGCCGUCCAGUCGUUUUGUCCUCAUAUCACAACGCUCGACGUAGCAACGAUGCGCUAUCCCAGGCCAAGAUAUGGGAGGCGGCGCGCGCCACGUCGGCCGCAACAACCUUCUUCGAUCCGAUCACCAUCGGGGGCGAGACCUUUGUGGACGGCGCAACGGGAGCGAACAAUCCUAUAAACUAUCUGUGGACGGAAGCCGGUGACGUAUGGGGCGACGGAGAAGGCCUGGAUGUGGCUCGCGUGAAGUGCCUCGUCUCGAUCGGCACUGGAUCACCGUCCCUCGUCCCCUUCGGCCCGGACGUCGCGGGCCUCGCGAAAGCCCUGAAGGCCAUAUCGACCGACACGGAAGCCACAGCAAGCGUGUUCCAGAAGCACCACUCGAAGCUGUUCGCCAACGGCUACGCCUUCAGGUUCAAUGUCGCCGCAGGCCUUGAGUCUGUGGGUUUGCACGAGGUGGAGAAGUGGAACGAUAUUGCUGCUGCAACGAGGGCAUAUAUUCAGGAGGAAGACACAUUCAUCAAGGUGAAGAAGUGUGCACUGAUGUUACAGGAGCGCGCGUGGACGAAUGCACUGGCCGGGGACAUCAUUGGAUUCGCCAAGGCAUCAAUAGAGGAUCUGAACGACCCGGAAAACCACAUGGGGCGCGAGGGUCUUCAGUGGCUCACCCAUACAACGCCAUACGAGAGCUGGUGGUCACUGAACGGACCAAGUUCUUUCCUCUAUUGCCGGCUGGCCUCCAACCCCCCAGACUGCUCCGGCGACUCGGUGGCUGCGUCCUUAGCCCAAAUUCUUCCCGCUGGAUGGAAACCGCAUAGGCUCUCGGGAACCGAAGACGAGCCUAGCCUCUCCCGCAGCUUGUAUUUCCAGUGCCUCGCAGAGCCCUCGGAUGGAGUUGGCAUCAACAGAGACGAGAGCGGGAUGGGCCAGCUCACCGUAUCCGCUCACUACGUUCUCGUCUACCUCAUUUGCCAGGCGUUCUUGGUGGAUCACGAACAUUUCGAAGACCUCCCAAGACGGAUACUCAUGCUAAGCUCGGCGGACAGGCGGUGGAUGCAAUUGGCGACGAGCAAUCCAGAGUCAGUGCCCAUUAGCGUUGGCGUGGCGCUGCUCGCAACGGCAAUCUCGACUGGUAGCAGGCCUGCCUGUAUCGCCAUCGACAACGUGCAUCUCAUCCGAGCCUCUGGUCUCAAAGGUCUCUUGUUUAGCCUCAGGUCUCUCUUUGACAAGUGGUACGGAACUGCGGAAGACUCCCUCCCCGUUGUCCUGUCAGGCCAGGCCACGGUCGAUGUAACUGCAGAACUCGAGGGUGUCUUGCAAGUCGACAGUAACACCGAGUAUCGUGAGUGUGUUGCGUCACUGCACUUCGGCGACUGGAACACGCGGCGGCAUCAGAUCGACCAGCCCGAAGAGGGAACGAACUUGUGGAUCUGGAAGCACGAAGAAUACAAGGCCUGGUAUGCAGCACGCCGAGGAAUCCUAUGGAUAGAGGGAAAGCCGGGCAGUGGCAAGUCCGUCCUCGCGAGCUCUAUGCAGAAGCAAAUCGUUACCUCGUGGGAGCGAGAAGCAGCAGGCAUUUCCGAGCAUUCCCCGUCACGCGACGGUUCCCCAGCAUCCAUCAUUGCCGGAUGGUUCUACUCGACCCGACUUGGGGAUGUGGGCACGUCUCACUCUUCCCUCUUGCGUUCGCUCGUUUACCAGAUCCUGUGCCAGGAGCAGUCUGUUUUCCGCGAUAUCGUCGUCGAGUACUACCGCAAGUUCUCCGUCACACCCCCCCAACGCGGGAAGGACCGUCACACGUUUGCUACUGCGCCUUGGACACCAGGGGCUGGUGUUGAAACCGACCUCGGAAGACCGGCGCCGGUGGUCCCGGAGCCGGAAUUCCCAUCCUGGUGUCAAUCCUCAGAUUUUGAGGCCAUCACCCUCGACAUUCUCGGACGCGUCAGCGCCAGUGGAACCUCGAUUAUCUGCAUUGUUGAUGCCAUGGACGAGGCGAAGCCAACAACCGAGGCGAUGCUGCGAGGCGCAGCGGCGCAGAGAAAGAGCAGAAUCCUGACCAUCCUAGGGGCUUUGGCUCGUCUGGUGGUCGGAGUGGAAGGGUCGAGGAUGAAAUUCGUCCUCUUGAGCCGACCGGAGCCUCUGCUCGAGCUCGACUUUCUCCGAGCGCAACGAAAGCUAGAACACACGUUCCGAAUCACGCUGGAGAACGCAAACAGGACCGACAUCGAAGUGCUGGUAACCCGUGGGGUCGCGUCCUUGCAGGCUGCAAUCCACACCUACGACUCGGACAGCGACGUAGAUGUGCCCUGCUAUGAGGACAAGAGCGAGCCUAAGGGCCCCCCAGGGAUGCGCCGGGCGUUGCAGAACAUGCAGCCAUCCGAGGUAGACGCCUUGGGGAGGAUUAGCGACUAUAUCCUCCAGCAUGCCCGGGGAAUCAUUCUCUGGGUCACACUCAUUCUCAAGGACUUGCAGGCCACAGCAGCGGCUGGCAUGUCGACGUUUCAAGAGCUGGAGUCCAGACUGAGGUCGUUGCCUCUAGAGCUCGACGAUCUCUACUCCACAAUCAUCCACGGCUUACGCUCUCGGCUCAGGACCAAUGAACUACAGAAGAGCCGCAACGUCUUUGUCCUGGUCGCCGGAGCCGGCUCCUUUGGUCGCCCCCUCAAGCUCCAAGAGCUGUGGGAGGCACUCGCCGUUCCCGCGGACCUGGAACCAGCCCUCAAGUCGAGGACGGAUCCUGUCGUCUCGAACCGAGUCAUGAUUUCGUCGUGGUCGGACUUCCGUCGCCAGCUGGCGAGAUGUUGUGGCCCCUUGAUAGAAGUUGUCAAGGUGGAUCCGGACGAGGGUGUUCCGUCCCGCAGCGGCAGAGAGGCUCUGCCGGGUGAUAUCAUCCAGUUCAUUCACCGGACGGUCAAGGACUUCUUGGAGGAGCGCCAGGACUCGGACGAGUUCAAGGUCACCGAGGACGGCGCUCGCACGCACGUUGAACACCUCGCAAGACGGUACCUGGCCCUGUCGUUCCCCCAAGAGAAGCCUCCGUAUUGGUCUGUUUCUCAGGCCACCGAAGCCAUCCCGCUCAAGUGGAAGGAAAAUGUGGGCAGCUUGGUGGAUUAUCUCGACAGUCGUAUGUUGCUGUCCUUCGCCCUCAGCGUCGUCUCCAAUGUCGGGGCGCCGGCGCAGGACCACCUCGACGUUCUUUUUGAGCUCAUGGACCACAUGAUCUAUCCACCGGUUCUUGCGUGGGGUGAUGACCAGAUACGCGACCAUUUAGCGGACGAGUGCAGGUACUAUCCUGGGUCCAUGGGCCGAUUUUUCUCAAUCGUGUCGGUCAAGGCCGUCUUGCUCGGGCACGCGGCACUCCAUGCCUGCAUGGAAGGCGCCGUGACAGCCGCGGAAAACCUCCUUGUUCUCUUUGGUGAUGGGGGUGCUCUUUGGCUUCCCUACACUCGGAACGAUGAAGACGUUAUGCUGAACGUUUGGCUUCCCUACACUCGGAACGAUGAAUACGUUAUGCUGAACGGAGCCUUGAGAGCGGCAAUCCGGUCCGGGUUACUGGAGGAGAUGCGUCGUCUGACGCGACACGAUCGGCAUCAGGGUGUCUUUAUCACCCCUUGCGAACGGUCGAUCGAAGGAGACCCGUUUUUGCAGUUGGCAACCAAAGCUGGAUUUGUCGAUGUACGCACCAAGCUGCACGGUUUGACCAAGCAAUUCACGGACAGGACCAAUGCAGUGUACUACGGGGCGGUCACCGUUCACGACCUUAACGAACCCCUCCCCAUGCAUCUAAGAUAUGUCUCCACAGGCCCAAGCAGGUCCAGUACGGCUUUUGUCACGGAGAACAAGAGUGACGUCGUUGCGCGCGAAUCCGGGCAUAGGGCCGUCUCCAACUCACCGGUCCAAGAUGCAGAGCUCAAAGGCUUGAUGAAGCGGCGGGGUGAAAUCCGUGAGGCAGUGCAAGCAGAUGGCCGGCAGGCAGUUGUCCAGAAGGCAGUUGUCCAGGAGGCAGUUGUCCAGCAAACGGUUGAUCAACAGGCAGUUGAUGACACAACCUUCGCGCGGGCACCAAGCCUGGGCGGCAGAGGCUCGAAGCCGCCAUUGCUACAUCUGUCACGGGCCACGCCGACCACUUGGCUUGAUCGACCAUUGAACGUCAAGGCAUCGAUAGCAAGUCGCACCUCAAUCUUCCACUGCACCGUUCACUGA